AUGGCUGUGCUCACGACAGAGUUGUUCGACUGUUUGCAGCUGCUUUUGAAGGCACCGUCGAAGGACACAGUGCGACAGCUGUGCACGGACAGUUUUUCGGCCGGAGCGUUGGAAUCACAACAGCUUACUGAGAGCACUGCAGAAAACCUGUCAGUGUCAGCCCCCGAAGCAAAGCAGCUACUAACAGCAUUGCACACACUGUCACGUCAUGUCAUGUUCCAUAAUCUGACAACACCUGAGCAGAUACUAGGGGUCUUUCCAGACACUUUCCAUUCAAACCUAAAGAACCUCAUCACCAAAAUCUUGCUGGAGAACAGCUCAACUUGGAGAAAUGAAAUUCUUGCCAAUCAAAUUUCAUUGCCUCAGCUGGUGGAGAUGGACUGGAGAGUGGAUAUGAAGACAGCUUCUGACUCUGUCAGCCGCAUGGCUGUACCAACCUGUCUAGUGCAAAUGAAGGUUCAGGACCCCCUGUGUGUUGGCAGCAGUGACUCUCUGUCCUCAGUCACCAUGGAGCUGAGCAGGGAGACUCUGGACACUAUGCUGGAUGGCCUAGGUCGUAUCCGAGACCAGCUCUCUGCAGUGGCUGGGAAAUAGACACUAACCUGCCAGUGACACAAGAAUCUCAUUCUCUCUCGCACUUCCAAAGGCCCUGUUUUGGAAAUGUUUGUCUGCCCAUUUCUGAACUGU